AUGCCGGCAACCACGAGAAGCAAAAGCAAGCAAUCGCAUCUAGAGGACCUUGGAGUAAAAGAGCCCAAAAGCAAAAACGCAAAGGACAAACAACAGUUGCCACAAUCCAAAACCUCUAGGUCCAAAGCACCAGACUCCAAGAAAAGGACAUCUUCCCCCUCGCCGUCAGAGUCCAAGUCAAGAUCUAAGAAACGAAAGUCCAGCAGCAGCAGCACCACGUCUGCCGCUUCUUCAUCAUCACCACCAUCGUCCAAAAAAUCACGACAAGGGCAACGCGGUGACAAGUCAUCCGGUUCGAGUCCAGACACCGCUAGGAACAAGAACAAUAAUACGGCCAAGGACGAGGAUACGGGAAACGACAAAGACAAGGAAGAGGACACUAUCCCAAUCAACCGGUCGCCUGUUCUUCAACUCUGGUCGGCAUGCGUCGCCCACCACCUCUACCCGCAGUUCCCGUGGACGACGGAUCUGGCAAUCGGAGCGGCAAUCUCGACACUCUGCGCCAUCGCCAAGGGCAAGUCCAUCGGCACGAUCGAACCGCGCGAGAAGACACACGACGAGGAAGCCGAGCAGAGUGCCGAGCGGCGCGCGGCCGAAGCGGGCGCCGACCGCGAAAUCCAAGUCAUGGGCUUCCGACUGUACGUCAAGGGCGAAGACGUCUUGGUGCAAGGCAAGCCGAGGCGCGGGAACGAGGACCUGCUCAAGAGAAAGUUCGGCCCCGGGAAUUACGAGCGAGCGAAGAAGGCCAUGGACGAUGCGAUUGCCACAUGGACGACGACGGCGACGACCGGUGGCGGAGGACAAGGCGGAAAACGAAACGACGACGAGUUGAAUUCCAAGGCGUUCCACAUGUAUGAGGAAUUUCGACCGAGUGUGCAGAGUGGCCAGUCCGGGUGGGGGAAGAAGGGAGUAUUGAAAUUGAACAGAGUGAGAGAGGUUGUUGCAAGAUGA